AAGUAAAAAACUAGUUUUGUAGUUUUUUAUUUCAGAUAUACUUUUUGCAUAUGGAAGGAAUCUAAAUUAAAGUCCACACUGCACUUAUUCCCAAUGGACCCCCAGUGAGAGAGUGCGAAAGAGAGCGGGCCCCAAAAGCAGAGAGCGCAAUUUCCCCAGAGAGCGAGGGAGACAGCGUACUAUCCCCCACAGCCCCAUAUCAUAUACCCCAUUUACACUGCACUUUUGCAAAGAGAGAGAGAGAGAGAGACAAAAAGGGAGUAAAAAAGAGAGGGCGUACAACCGGCUGUUAGUUGGGGCCUCGUGAGCGCAAGAAAGAGAGGGAGAGAAAGAAGCCUGGAAGCUAAACAACAGAGCCAAACCAAACACACACGAAAGAUAACGACUUGUUUCAUUUGAUAUUCGCCAGCCGGCAGCAGCGGAACGAGUAAAAAAAAAACAGAACACACAAAUCGGACUCGGUAGCUGCGGACACUAAAUUAGAAUACUAUAACGGCGACAAGUUAUCGCACAAUUAGUACGCGGGCGAGAAUUGCUACCGAGAUACGUGGUCGGCGGACACCCGAAAUUUUCCCAUAAAACCCAAGUGCCGUCUCAAAAAAGAGGUAGAGAGAAGUAGAGCUUAAACAUGUAUACGAAAAUUUUUCGCGCUGUGAUAAUCGGAGCCCCCGGCUCGGGCAAGGGAACUAUUUCCGAGCUGAUUUGCAAGAACCAUGGAUGUGUCCACAUUUCCACGGGUGACAUUCUGCGCCAGAACAUCAUAAAGAACACGGAGCUGGGCAGAAAGGCCAAGGAGUUUAUCGCUGCCGGUAAAUUGGUGCCGGAUUCAAUCGUGACCAAGACAAUGUUGGCCCGUAUAACCGAGGUGGGCAACAGGUCGUACAUCCUGGACGGAUUCCCGCGCAACAUCGCCCAGGCUCAGGCACUGGAAGCUCGUGAGCAGAUCGAUGCAGUGAUCACGCUGGACAUUCCACACGAUGUGAUUAUCGAUCGGGUCAAGCACCGUUGGAUUCACGCGCCCUCUGGCAGGGUGUACAACAUAGGGUUCCAAGAUCCCAAAGUGCCUGGCAAAGAUGAUGUCACGGGAGAACCGCUGACUCAGCGCGAGGACGACAAGCCACAUGUGGUGGCCAGGCGGCUGGAGCUCUACGAUGAACUGAUGAGUCCAGUGAUAGCCUGGUACAAAGAGAAGGGCCUGGUUGCCACUUUUAAGGGAAAAGAGACCAAGGAGAUCUGGCCGCGGAUGGAGCUCUUCCUCAGGGACCGCAUGAACGCGUAAUGGACCACCCGGAAUUUCAUCCAUUGUGCACAAACUAACGAUAAACUGCUGUGUUCAAUUAAGUGCAUAAACAUAUUUAGAUAUGGGCAUUUCCAUAUUGUCGCUCGGGACGUUUGCAUACUUUUAAAGUUGAAAAAAAAUGGGAAACAAAACGAUUUUAAUUUUGAUAAUUGGUUUCACUUGUCACUCUUCCCAAGCUCUAUUUUGUGCAAUAAUCUUAAUUUUUCCCGAUUUUUAGUUUUCAAGAUAUCUUUAAAAAGCUGUCGUAUUCGCUCGGGACAAAAAUAGAAGUGGGUUUUGCGGGAGUUCAUUCAACCCCGGAUUUUAGCCAAGUCUGAUGAAAUAUUUUCAUGCGAUUUUUUUAAAUUGUGGUUCAAUAAUGAAGCUGUAAAAUAGUUUUGGUUUUGCUCAAAAAUGUUAAGCCGUUUUUUUUUAAUGUAGUUUCUAAGAUAUUCGCUCGGGACAUGUGGCUCGGGACAUUUUUUCCGAUUACAAUCUCUAUGUUGUUUCUGGUGUUAUAUGUGACAAAUAUCAUAAAAAAGCGUACUAAGUAUUUUCAUUUUAUUAACAGAGGUAUUUUUAUAAACAAACUAUUUAUUUCAACAAAAUUUUUAUUUAGAAAAAUAUAUACAAUACAUGUGAACGAAAGUCAUUGUAAUAAUAUAGUUAAAUUCAGGUAAUUAAAUCAAUUUUUUUUCAUCCGAACUAGCUAUUCUAGCAGCCUUUAAUUCGUGGGCAUUACAAUAAAAAUAGUGAAGUUUAGAUAUCCCAUGAAUAUUCUUAAUUUUGUUCCAUUUUUCUUUUAAGUUGUACUCUAUGGACUGCUCUUCAAUGUUGUCGGAUGAUAAAAAAUAAAUAUUGACAUUAUCUA